AUGUCCUCCAAGAAGACAGCAGACUUCGAGAGUGACUCGUCCGUCUCCUUCAAUGAUGCUGACGAGGAGUUGCAGUCAGAAAAUGCACAACAGAAGAAGGGUGGUUGCAUGGGCUGCCUGCGUGAAAACCUCUUCGUGAUCCUCAUACUCAUUGGAGUAGCUGUAGGAUUUGGAAUAGGAUUUGGUGUAAGAAAGUUGAACCCUUCACCAGUGGCGAUUACAUGGAUUGGCGUUCUUCUCAUCUGUAUCGCAUUUGGCCUGGCAGCGAGGAAGGCCGGGGACAUUGGGAAAGCUUUCUUGGACUUCUUUCGGUCCCUCGCUGGAGUCGUUCUCAACCUCGUUAACGCAUUUUUACAGUGUACGCCAGUCGGCGUUGCCUUCAUGAUCGCCUCCGCCAUACUGAAUGUCGAGGAUAUUAAGGCAGCCUUUGCAGGGUUAGGUAUGUUUGUUCUUACGGUGACGGCGGGUCUCGGUAUCCUGUUCUUCCUAUUUCUUAUCGUGUAUGGGGCAUUCGCUCUCCGAAAUCCGUUUCCAUUUCUACGCUACAACGUUAAAGCCUGGUUCAUCAGCUUUGCAACAACCAGCCCGAUAGUAUCGCUACCAGAAAUGUUUGACGGUUGUGAUCAGUACGGCGUGGAUCAGACAGUUUCGAGGUUUAGUCUUCCUCUCACGGCAACUCUUCUGGCGUCCGGACCGGCGGUCUUUAUCAGCGCUGCCGCCAUCUUCGUUGCCCAAACGGCACCAGAAAUGCCGUCGGUUGGGACACUAGUAAUCAUCUGGUGA